UUUUUCAAGGUACAAGCUGCCAUUGCUUUAUGAAAGCGUUAUGGAUACUGUGCAAAACCUAAUUGAAAAAGAAGUUUCCACUUGUCAACAGGUGGCUAUCACCACUGAUGGUUGGACCUCUAGGUCACAGGAUCCAUACAUGACUCUUACGCUUCACUAUAUCAAUAGUCAGUUUGAACUGAAAAAAUAUGUUCUCAACUUUGACAAUUUCGUGGGAAGACACACUGGUUACCACAUUAGCAAAGCUCUGGAAGAAAUGAUCCAAAAAUAUCCGGUAUUGGACGCCGUGCCCAAGAAAGUCAUUGUCCACGAUGCGGCGGCAAACAUGAAACAUGCUGUGUCAAUCAUGAACAAAACAAAAUAUGAAUCACUGUUGUAUGCAGACCACCUACUAAACACUAGCCUACUACAUGCUACCAAUGAAGUGCAAGAAGUCAAAGAAUGCAUAGAUAUUGCCACACAACUAUCUAGCAAAGUCCACAGAUCCACCUUAGCUUGUCAACUUAUUGAAAAAGAGUGUAUGUUGCUCCGUGUAAACUAUGUUAAAAUCAUUGCUCCGGUAAAAACCAGGUGGAAUUCUAACUGUUUUAUGCUGGAGUCAAUCCUUAAACUAAAAGAUGUGUUGAUUUCUCUUAGAGAAAAAGAUGUACUAAAUAACAACCCACUACAGAACGUUAUUCCAAGUGACAACCAAUUUUCACUGAUGGCUUCACUGAUGCCAGUCUUAAAAAAAAUGAAGAUUAUGUCAGAUUGCAUGUCCAAGGACACUGAACCAGUGCUUCAUCAUAUGCUAACUAUGCUUUAUAAAACUGACAAUUUUCUUCAUGACCACAUUGAUAUGGAAAACAGAGAAAUAGUUAAUGCUUUUUGUAAAAAACUAAGUGAGCAUUUACACCUAGCCACGCAAUUCAAUGAACAUGGAAGAUACAACCAACACUAUGCCUUGGGAAACCUUCUUCAUCCGUACUUUAGAGGAUAUAUGCUUAGACAUUACGGUAUCUUCGAAGAGUUUACCAGAAAAGUCAUCAACGAUCAUCCAUCGUCGGACGCUGUUUCGAUCAGUAAAAAAAAUAAUCAUAAAGCUGCACAAGUUAAAAUGCCAGUUGGUGUGGAUGAGUGCGACGAUUUACAAAAUAUAGAGAUUGAUCAGGGUAAUAAUAACCACACCAUUAGUCAAAAUGUACCGGAAAUUGAAAGGGAGUUUGAAUCUUUCCACGCUAUGCCUCGUGUUGAAGAAAAGCAUAAAGUUGAUGUGCUGAAAUGGUGGAAGAAACAUGCCUCUACUUUGCCAUUGUUAGCACAAUUGGCAAGAAAUUUGCUCUGCAUUCCAGCUGCAUCAAGCUGUAGUGAGAGAGUGUUCAGCGCCAGCGGUGGAAUUAUAAAUGAUAAAAGACACAGUCUUUCCAUUCAGACAGCAAAGCAAUUGACUUUGAUUAAAGUCAAUUAUGAUCUUGUCUGUCCUCACAUGACCUUGAAAAUUAUAAGCGACGCUGAAGAAGCCCUGGACCCCCCAGCAUCAACUCCAGUUAGAACACCUCCCAAAAAUCCUAUUCCUAAAGCAGUUUUUUCAAAUAACCAAAAAAGGUUAUUGUUCAAAACAAAAAACGUUUCAACAACGCCAUUAUGUUCUUCUUCUUUACCAUCAACACCAACAUCUUCAGGAAUCAAAAGAAAAACAAUGGAAAUUCCAGUAGAAUCCGAAACAACAUCAUCCGAAAAAACAUCCGAAAGUGACACUCAACAAGUAUUAAAAUAAAAAUGUUUUACUUUUUAUUGUGAAAUUUUAAAAUCGUGAAAUAUAAUUGUCUAAAUAAAAACUGAUUUUUCGUAAAAAUCGCAAAUGUGUGCUUAAAUUGGUACAAUAUAAAAGUAAAUUACUUUUUUAUUUUAUGCUAGCCCUAUCUGU